GUAGUGGCGGCCUCAUCUUGCGAAUGAUCGAGACUGAAAAUCAGUUAGGUUCACAUACCGACAAAGUGGAACAGAACGAAGAGAAGGAGACAACGGCGGUCGGUGAUCAUAACGAGAGUGAGAAAGAAGCUGGUAACACUACGACCACGACGAUAUUAAACAACGUAGCUACGAUGAAGAAAGAGGAACAAGAAGUAUUGCAAACUCGCGAAGAUUCGCCAAAGGGCGGUACCGCGAGCAUUGCGACGCCCAUGGCAAUAUCGGCGAUACCGGUGGACGACAUUGAGGAUGAGGAGGAUGAGGAGGAAGAGGAAGAGAACGUUGAGGGUGAAGAAGAGGAAGAAGAGAGAGACGAGAAGGGUGGAAUUGCAGUGGAGGGUGUAAUGACGACCAUGCCGCCUCCGGAGCAGUCGGAACAGUCGAGCCGACCCAAGAGCCGGCACGAGCCACAAGGCGCAAGAUAUAACAAUCUAGGCUACUGGCGAGCGAGAAGGGUCACUUUUUACAAAAAUGGCGAUCCCUACUUUCCUGGCAUCGAGUUCAGAUUCAAACCUGGACGCGACAUUGGUUCUCUGGAAGCCCUAUUGGAUAGAUUGUCUCUUCGAUUGGAUUUACCAAGAGGCGCGCGCCAUAUUUUCUCAAUGGACGGUGACCGAAAGAUCAGCCUCGACGAGCUUGAGGACGGUGCCUCUUACGUAGUGUCCAGCUACAAGACUUUCAAACCGGCCAGCUAUGGGAAGAAAAAUAAUACCUGGUACACAAAUCCAACGGGUGGUGGAGGCAGCAGAAGCGGCAUCACUGGAACCGGAAGUGGGAUUGGAGGAUGGCAAAGUAGACCACCAGCGAUGCCGAAUCUUAGCCGGAAAGCUUCUGUCACAGAAGAAGUACCACCUCCCGGUGGUGGAAAGCCCUCUUCAGGCCGUGUCAUCCGUAUCGUCAACAAUCAUGACCACACAGUUCAGGUGAAAAUCUUGGAGUUGUUACAUAACUACUAUAUUUAA